CGAUCGCAAACAGUAUCACUUCAUUGCUUGCCGAUUGUGUGCGGUAUUCCGAGUUUUGGUGUGUGAUUUAAUUCGAAAGCAAAGUUAUUCAAGUUUUCAGUGAAUAAUGAAUCUAAAGUUCAAGCUCAAUUCAGGUUACAGUAUUCCAUUGAUUGGCCUCGGUACGUACCAAAUUCGCGGCAACCAUUUGAUCUACGAGUCGUUGGAUUACGCGCUGAAGGCCGGCUAUCGACACAUCGACACUGCCGUCGUUUACCGCAACGAGGAGCAUAUAGGACGGGCCCUGAAGACUCUGCUUCCAAAGUACAAUUUACAGCGGGAAGAUAUCUUCAUUACUUCUAAGCUGAUAUCCCAAGUCAACAAAGGCGAAGAAUUCGUAGAGGAACUGGUACAUAAGUCAUUGGCCAAUUUACAAACAGAAUAUAUUGACCUUUACCUCAUUCAUUGGCCCGGCGUUAACGGUCUUCAGGUGUCCCAUCCAGAAAAUGCCCAAUAUCGGAAGCGCACAUGGAAUGUGCUUUGCAAACUGCACCGAGAGGGAAAGUGUCGAUCGAUCGGCGUUUCCAACUAUAUGGUUAACCACUUACGCGAACUGUUAGACGAUUGCAAUGGUGUUAAACCGGCUGUAAAUCAGGUUGAGUGGCACCCGCACCUGUUCCGGCUGGAGCUGCUCGAACUGUGCCGCUCGGAAGGUAUAUUUCUGCAAGCAUACUCGUCGCUCGGUACGUCCGUUUGUAGUGAUUUGCGGAACGAUCCGGUGGUUGCCGACAUUGCCACUCGCCUGCAUCGUUCACCGGCACAGAUUCUGCUGCGCUGGGCGGUACAACGGAACGUCGGCAUUUUGCCUAAGGCUCGAUCGCAGGAUCACAUUGAGGAAAAUAUUGCGCUAGACUUUGAAAUUCCGGCGGAAGAUAUGGAGCAGUUGGAUGGUUUGAAAGACACCAGUGGUGCGAGGUACUCGUGGGAUCCUGAUACGGUCGUUUAGAGCUCGGCUAU